UACCUCAUUUUUCGAAAUGUUUGACUUUUUUGGAAUUGGUCGGAGAAUGUUCCUUGAAUCAGGGAAAUUUCGAGUAAUGAGAUGCGGGAUUGGCACAUUUGUAAUCACUCUAUAUUUGAUCUACCUUUCGUUUCUUGCAUAUCAAGUUGCUACCGAUAAUCCUAUGAUACAAAUAUCUUAUGAAUAUUUAGAAAAGCUCAGAAUUCCCGAUAUCGAAAUCUGUGGUAGUUACAGCGACGUCCAGAUAUCUAGAUGUGUUUUCACAUGGGAUGACUGGAGUUCAACAGCAUUUGAAAACUGUGCUACAGAAGACUAUUCGUUUUUACGUACGGACAGUGACCAUACAAAAGAUAAUCAGUUCUGCUAUCUUUUUUCCACCAAUAGCACAUUCUUUUACGGAAAUGCAGACAAAAAACCCAAGGGCCCUUGGGUACGAAAUAUCGAUUUCUAUUUCAAAAUAACAAAUAUUUCUGAAGUUACUUCGCAUUUCGUAUCCGUAGGGACUAUCUCAUGCCAAUUAAUGGAUCCAGAAUUUAAUCCAUUAUGGAAUGUGGUCGCAAAGAAUCCAGCCAACGAACGUGUGGAACAAGAAUUCCGGCUACAAAUAAAUGCAUUCUCGGGCAUUCAAAAUACGUCGACUACGGUGUCUUUCAGGAAGAUUUCAUUUUUAUCCAUUUUAGCUCACGACCUUUCCUCUGUUUUUGGUCUGAAGCCUAAUUACGACACCACGCCCUAUCUGAAUUCAGCAUCAAAAUAUUUUCCACUGCAUCCAAGUGAAAACUUCACAUUAGACAGUCUUACAGGUCAUUUUAGUGUUUCCCCAGGUAGCUUUCUCCAUGAAGUACAGUCUGAAAAGCGUACGCACACUAUUUUCGGAUCUCUUGGAGUGGCUGGCGGCGCUAUUGGAUUAAUCGGUGGAAUUUAUGUGCUGCUCUUUGGACAUCCAAGACGGGAUCCUUGGGGUUUAAUGCAUCGAGUGUUAAAAACAGAAAUAAAAAAAGAAAACUUAAGGAAUCUUCCAUUCGUCUCUGAUGAUAUCAUCAUUGAUGAAGCACUUUCUACCGAACAAAAAGUAGAAAUGUUAGAUAAUAAAAUCCGAGGAUUGGAGACGAUCUUGGAGGAUUAUAUAUUUAAUCCAACUACCCUAAAACAGCUAGGAAAGCGUCAAAUAGAUAGCGGCUAA